AUGGCUCCAAUCUCGUUCAAGCCGAAGCUCACCAUCCCGGAGCCCGCUACAAAGCAUGUCGUGCUAUCGUAUCCAGCACAAGGAAUUCUGCUAGCAAGAAUCAACCGACCGAAAGAACUCAACUGCCUCCACACCGAGGCGAGUCAAGAGCUGGAAGCUAUAUGGCAAUGGUUGGAUGAUGAGCCGUCUUUCACCGUAGGGAUCAUAACAGGCACUGGCCGAGCCUUCUGCGCUGGGGCGGACUUGAAAGAAUGGAAUAAGAUCAAUGCUUCAAAUAAGCCGCGUACAAUGUCUGCAGCAGGAUUCGGUGGACUCUCGCGUCGGGACGGCCGCAAGCCGAUCAUAGCUGCGGUCAAUGGCAUCUGCUUUGGAGGCGGAUGUGAGAUGAUAGUCAACUGUGACCUUGUCGUGGCGUCAAAGAAAGCCGCCUUCUCCCUGCCUGAAGUCAAGAUCGGUGUUGUCGCAGCUGCAGGUGCUCUGCCCAGAAUCAUUCGCACGAUUGGUCGACCACGGGCCAUGGAAAUGGCCUUGACAGGUCGGCCAGUGUCUGCGGAUGAAGCUCUUGAAUGGGGUCUCAUCAACAAAGUGGUGGGCGAUAAGGAGGGCGAGGUGGUGGAUGCUGCUGUAGAGUAUGCAAAGAUGAUCGCGGCGAAUAGUCCAGAUGCUGUGAUCGUUAGUCGAGAGGGCAUCAAGCUAGGAUGGGAGAGCAUGGGUGCUGAUGAGGCGACCGAAUAUGCCUUGAAGAACUGGCAGCCAAAGUUACAGGCCGGAGAGAACUUGRAGGAAGGAGUCAAGGCAUUCGUCGAGAAGCGGAAACCCAAAUGGGUGCCAUCGAAGUUGUAA